CUAGAGGUAUAAAGUAAAUAGAUGGGAACGGCUGCAGGUUUGUUUGGGAAAAAGAGUUCCAGGCCAAUUCAUCAUCACCAGCAACAUAACUACAACCUGCAUCCGAAUCUAGAGUAACCAUCCAACGACCACUUCAUAUCUACCAGUCAAGCGAGCAACUAUCAGACCAUCACAAAAAUGUCCGCCAUCAAACUCUCCACCUCCGCUCUCCGCCCCAUCGCCGCGCGCCGCAUCGUCCCCGCUGCUACUGCCCGCACGACCGCACCGGCAUUCACCCAAAUCCGCUCCGUCUCUUCCAACGGCGACGAACUCGGUGGCGUCAAGGGAUCAGAGCCCGCUACCAAACCUAACCGAUACAACGUGAGAGCCGGGACAAUCACUGUUGUUGGUGUUGUGGUUGCUUUGGGGUAUAUGUUUUAUAGGAAGGGGGACAAGAAGGGUACGGCGCCUUUGGGUGCUAGUCAGUAAGCGACUGAUUGGUUCUUUGUUGGAAGGGUUGGAGGGGGUGACCGGAGUGGGAGUGGGAGGAAGGGGAUGAGUGCGCGAUUACAAUGGCAAUCGAUGAGAGGGAACUGAAGG